AUGUACCGAUCAAUGACUGGUGUGUAUGUUACACUUGCUGCCCAGCCCCUUAAGACGCGGAUGCAUCGUGCAAAUGUCUUUGUGAUCACUCUUGGACUGCAUGGGUCAAACCUGGAUGAUGUUCUGCUGUCCAUUUUGGACCUCCCAAAGCUGGAUAGGGGCAUGUCCCUUAAUAUCAAUGGCGAGAAAAAGCUGGUUAUGGCUUUUAUGCUAGGAUAUAUUAGGGACAUGCCCCAGCAGAACGAUAAUGCUGGGAUACUACGCCAGAAUGCAGCCAAGGGCUGCAGAAGCUGCUUGGCCUCGAAAGAGGAGCGUGGAGACAUCCACUUUGACUACAUGAGGCUUGGCCGAUACCACCAUCACCAAGUCCAGCUCUGA